CGGAGCGGCGGCGGCGGCGGCGGCGGCAGCACUGGCGCUGACACCGGCCCUGAGCACCAUGCUGCGGGGCAGACCCGAGAGGGAGCUGGCGGCCUGGUGGGAGGCGGAGGCCGUGGGCGCGGCCAAAGCGCAUGCGGCGAAGGAGCAGGUCCGCGUGGACCCGGGCGCUGCCGGGGAGCCGGAGCGCAAGGCGCGGGAGGAGCAGCCCAAGGACCCGGCCCCGGCGCAGCCCCGCGCGGCCGAGGAGGGCGACGUCCGCGUCCCACCGCGGCCGCCGCCCACGCCGCCCAUGUACCAGGCGAAGCCGGCGUCGGCGCAGGGCCUCUACCCGCACGGGAAGUCCAGGAGCAAGAGCCGUAGCUGCAAGCGGAGCUCGGACCGGUCCGAGGAGUACUGCUCUCCGCGGCCUGUCACCGUGGACAGCUCCAAGGCCAGGACCUCCCUGGACGCCCUGAAGAUCAGCAUUCGCCAGCUCAAGUGGAAGGAGUUCCCAUUUGGCCGGCGCUUGCCUUGUGACAUCUACUGGCAUGGAGUUUCAUUUCACGACAGUGACAUAUUCUCCGGUCUAGUGAACAAGUUUCCAGGCAUGACGGAGAUGGUGCGUAAAAUUACUCUGAGCAGAGCAGUAAGAAUCAUGCAGAAUCUCUUUCCUGAGGAGUACAACUUCUACCCUCGCUCAUGGAUUCUGCCCGACGAGUUCCAGCUCUUUGUGGCUCAGGUUCGAACGGUGAAAGAUGGGGACCCCUCCUGGAAGCCCACUUUUAUUGUGAAACCUGAUAGUGGUUGUCAGGGUGACGGAAUCUACCUCAUUAAAGACCCCAGUGACAUCCGCCUGGCAGGGACCCUCCAGAGCAGGCCGGCGGUGGUCCAGGAGUACAUCUGCAAACCUCUCCUUAUCGACAAGCUCAAGUUUGAUAUCCGUCUGUAUGUCCUACUAAAGUCCUUAGAGCCCUUAGAGAUUUAUGUAGCCAAAGACGGACUCUCGCGGUUUUGUACAGAGCCCUAUCAGGAGCCGCACCCCAGAAACCUGCACCACAUCUUUAUGCAUUUGACCAACUAUUCACUGAACAUCCAUAGUGGUAACUUUGUCCAUUCGGACAGUGCUAGCACAGGCAGCAAAAGGACUUUCUCUAGCAUUCUUUGUAGGUUGUCUUCCAAGGGUGUUGACAUCAAGAAGGUCUGGUCUGAUAUCAUCUCCUUGGUGAUUAAGACUGUCAUUGCCCUGACUCCAGAGCUCAGAGUGUUCUACCAGUCGGAUAUCCCCGCAGGGAGGCCGGGGCCCACGUGCUUCCAGAUUUUAGGCUUUGACAUUCUUCUCAUGAAAAAUCUGAAGCCUAUACUACUUGAAGUAAAUGCAAACCCCAGCAUGAGAAUCGAACACGAGCAAGAACUCUCUCCAGGGGUGUUUGAGAAUGUCCCCAGCCUUGUCGAUGAAGAAGUGAAAGUGGCCGUCAUCAGAGACACACUGCGUCUCAUGGACCCAUUUAAGAAGAAAAGAGAGAACCGGUCUCAGCAGCUUGGGAAACCGUUAGCCUCAAAGGAAGAGCCUUCUGACAGCGAUCUGGCCAGUGCCUCGGCAGGCAGCGCCAAUCCCGAAGCCCACCUGCCCUCCAUCUGCCUCAAGCAGGUGUUCCCCAAGUAUGCAAAGCAGUUCAACUACCUGCGCCUGGUGGACAGAAUGGCAAACCUGUUUAUCCGGUUCCUGGGUAUCAAGGGGACAAUGAAGUUGGGACCAACAGGCUUUCGUACCUUCAUCAGGAACUGCAAGCUCAGCAGCAGCAGCUUGUCCAUGGCCGCCGUGGACAUCCUCUACAUUGACAUCACGAGGAGAUGGAACUCCAUGACCAUGGACCAGCGGGAUUCAGGGAUGUGCCUGCAGGCCUUCGUGGAGGCUUUCUUUUACCUGGCCCAGAGGAAGUUCAAGAUGCUGCCACGCCACGAGCAGGUAGCCUCGCUGAUUGACCUGUGUGAAUACCACCUGUCCCUGCUGGACGAGAAGCGCCUGGUGUGCGGCCGGAGCGCCACAUCGGGUGGCCGGCCCCCUCACAGUGGCACCCCGCAGGAGGCCACCCCCGCAGCCCAGCUGGCUGAGGGCCACCCCCCGCCCUGCACAAACGGUGCCCUCAAGCUCUCCCAUUCCAGACACGCUCUGUCCUGAGGGCCGCUCUGUCCUCCCAGAAGAAGAUUGAGCCCUUCCGAGCCCAAG